AUGUCAGUUUGUUUCUCCCCUGAUAAUACUACAUUAGCAUCGGGCAGUUAAGAUGGCUCUAUCUGUUUAUGGGAUGCUGAAAGAGGAUAAUAAAAAAUCAAAUUGGAUGGUCAUACUGGCACUGUAUGGUCAGUCUGUUUCUCUCCUGAUAAUACUACAUUAGCAUCAGGUAGUUGGGAUGGCUCUAUUUUUUUAUGGAAUGUUAGGACAGGAUAAUAAAAAGUCAAAUUAGAGGGCCAUACAAGUAUUGUUUAUUCAGUUUGUUUCUCUUCUGAUGGCACUGCAUUAGCAUCUGGAAGUCAUGAUCAAUCAAUCUGUUUAUGGGAUGUUCAGACAGGAUAAAAAGUCUAAUUAGAUGGUCAUUAACAAUCAGUGUUAUCAGUCAAUUUCUCCCCUGAUGGUACUACAUUAGCAUCUGGUAGUAAUGACAACUCGAUCUAUUUGUGGGAUGUAAAAUCAGGAUAAUAAAAAGCUAAAUUAGAUGGUCAUACUAGCACUGUCUAUUCAGUUUGUUUCUCUUCUGAUGGAACUACUUUAGCAUCUGGUAGUUUAGAUAAGUCUAUCCGAUUAUGGGAUAUUUAGACAAGAUAAUAAAAAGCCUAAUUUGAUGGUCACACUGAUUAUGUUCGAUCAGUCAUGUUCUCCCCUGAUGGUACUACAUUAGCAUCUGGUAGUUAUGAUAAGUCUAUACGAUUAUGGGAUGUUGAAACAGGAAAAUAAAAAGCCAAAUUAGAUGGUCAUACUAGAACUGUAUGGUCAGUCUGUUACUCACCUGAUAAUACUACAGUAGCAUCUUGUAGCGAUGAUAAUUCUAUUCGUUUAUGGGAUGUUAAGGUAGGACAUUAUCUUACACCUUAUGAAAAUCGUUAUAAAGAUAUAUUAACAUAAUUUACACCCCUUAUAUUGAAAAAUCAUAUGCAUCCAGAAAAUAGUAUAUAUUUUCACUAAUAUUUAGUUCUCUGUAAUAUCACUAUUUUAAGACUUUCUUAAGGAAAUUAUUUUCAAACCUAAGGAGCAUUAAUUUUGAAAGGACAAUUCGUUAAUUCUUAAGGCAUAGAUUUAAGAUAUUUAUUUAAAUAAAAAGGCAGUUUGAUUUUAGAAUGA